UUUCACACAUGACCUUCUUCAACCUCGAACCAAGCUGUUUCAUUUCAUUUCCUUUUCUUCUUCUUAUUAUCAGAACCUAAACAUUAAUCAACCAUACCAUCAAAUCCUCCAUUUACAGGGGAGAGAUGAGUAGGUCUCGAAUAGAUGCAAUUCUCUCCACAUUCGUUGCGGUGCAUCCUCACGAGACCUCAGCUUUGCUGCACUCCUCAUCUUGCUUCUUCUUUAUUUUGUGUGCCUACUUCGUGGUGCUUCCAUUGCGCGAUGAGGGUGCAAUCUCUUUAGGCCUAUCGAGCCUCCCGGGUCUGUUUGUGGGGUCUUUGGUCCUCACUUCGAUUGCUGCGCCGGUUGCAACUCUCAUUUUCUCUUCGCCUAAUGUUUCUAAAGGCAAGGCUUUGGUUUUAAUGCACAGGUUUUUUAGUGUAUCACUUGUUGUAUUCUUCUUUCUCUGGCAUUUCUCAUCGGCUGGAGCACAACAAGAGGUGAAGGGUUUGGUCACUUUGUCCUCCACUUCAGUAAAUGGCCAAAAUGUUGAUGUUAAUCAAGCCACUACUGCAUAUUCCAUAGGGUGGGAGAACCUUGGUUGGUUCUAUGUCUCUGUCAGAAUUGGAUUGUUCCUCUGGAUUGGCCUACUUAAUCUAAUAACAAUUUCUUCAACUUGGGCUCGAGUAAUCGAUGUUAUGGACAGUGAGUCAGGUUCAAGAUUAUUUGGUUUUAUUGGUGCUGGCGCCACACUUGGACAGCUUUUUGGGUCAUUGUUUGCCACGGGAAUGGCUAGGUUGGGGUCGUUUCUACUGCUAUUUUCUGCAUUGUUAAUGGAGUUUGCUGCACAGUCAUCAAAAGGGAUAACCCUGGAUGUAUCCUAUGUCCAUGUCCCUGAGGAAUUAUCACCCAUCAGAGAAGCUGACACUGAUCGGAAAAAUGAGCCUGAUGGGCAAACCAUUCGCAACAGAGGAAAUUCCCCUAAGUCACCUACUCUGGUGGUGAAACCUCAGAUUUGGGCCAUCUUAGAUGGAUUUUGGCUUAUAUUGGCAUCAUCUUACUUGUUGUAUGUAUCUUUGUUCCUGUGGCUGAGUGCAGUUAUCUCUUCAUUCUUUUAUUUUCAGAAAGUGAGUGUCAUUGCCAUGACUGUUACUAGCUCUCUUGGAAGAAGAAAAUUGUUGGCUCAGAUAAACAGCUUUAUUGCUGUUUUUAUCCUUGCUGGACAACUUACCAUAACGGGGCGUUUUCUAACUGUUGUGGGGGUUACUACAGCUAUUUGCACUACUCCAUUUGUUGCCUUCUUAAAUUUGGUUGCUAUAGCUGUCUGGCCAACUUGGGUGGCCGUCGCAGUUUCUGAGACCCUCCGGAAGUUUGUCACUUAUGUUGUGACCAGGCCUGGCAGAGAACUCCUAUUUACUGUUGUCUCACAGGAUGAAAAAUACAAAGCCAAGGUUUGCAUUGAUGUAUUUGUUCAAAGACUUGGAGAUGCUACAGCAGCAGGAAUGUACAAACUACUUUUCAGCACUGUUGAUGGGAGAGCAUCAACUGUGUCUCUUUACGGCCUGCCUGUCUGUUUGCUGUGGAUAGUGGUCGCGUUUCACUUAGGCCGCCGUCAAGCAGAACUUGCAAAGCUCCGGACUCAUUCGACUUCCUAAUGUUUCCUCGUCACAUUUUUAGCUGUUUAUAUAUGUAAAGAUGAAUCAUUUAUGAACUUUUAAAGAACUACAAUUAUAAGAAGUUUUGUUAGCUC